AUGCUCGACUUGCAUGCAGCUUUGCGGCGGCAGGCUAAGACGACAGGUCAAGCCUUCACCUUCACCUCCCGCCAAUGGUUCGCAGAGUGCCAUCGAGACGCUUAUCCUGAUGGGCGAAGUAUGUGGUACAAUGACGUGCUCGUUAGCCAGCACCGUCGUCCGAGUCAUGGUACCAGUUGGUGUUGGUCGCGCGAUAUCGAGAGCCUGGUUCCCAAAGCUGCCGUCCUGACAGAGCUUGGCUGCUGGUUGGCGAUGGGAUGGAGGGGCACCAUCCCGAAUGGCGUCGGAGGUGCAUCGACAGUCUAA